CUUGUGAUGCUCCCGCACUUUGCCGACGUCAAACUCACGACCAGUCUAACAUUACACAACAUAACUGCUGAUAUCUUGGCAUCAUGAGCGCAAAUAAGGCCCUCAUAGUCGGUAUCUCGGGGUGUUCCUCGAGUGGGAAAACUACCCUUGCACGGCUGUUGCGGGACAUUUUUCCCAAUACUUUCAUUCUUCAUGAGGAUGACUUUUAUAGGCCUGAGAAUGAGCUACCAACCAAAAACGGUCUCCUAGAUUGGGAUUGUGCUGAGGCCCUUGAUAUCCCGGCUAUGGCCGAGUCCCUCGCUUAUAUCCGCCAGCACGCUGCCUUUCCUCCUACCCUUGAUUCCAAAGAAGAUCAAAACUCCGUGGGCAAGUGCCCCGUAUCAGAAGCCAGCAUCGCCGCCCAGCGUGCCAAAGUCGAUGCCGCUCUAGGCCCAGACCAUCCCCUCCGCAAAAAUCUCCGUCUAUGUCUCCUCGAUGGCUUUCUUCUCUACUCCCCUUCUAUGGCUGCUAUAAAGCCCAACUUGGACAUCAAGCUCUUCUUGCGUACGACAUACGAAAAGGCUAAGAAGAGAAGAGAAGCCAGAGACGGGUAUGUCACCCUGGAGGGCUUCUGGGCAGAUCCUCCCGGUUACGUUGAUAAGAUCGUCUGGCCUAACUAUGUAGAAGAGCAUGCUUGGAUGUUUGAGUAUGGCGAUGUAGAGGGGAAGUUCAAGACGGAUGUUUUGGAUAAGGAGGGCAUCAAGGUACAGAGUGAUGUGAGUGCUGAUGGAGAUAUUGAGAAGACAUUUGAGUGGACAGUAGACACGAUUUUGGAGGAACUUGGAAAGCAAGUAUAGACGAGCUAGGGUGUCUAUCUAGGUAUCUACAAGCCAUUUCUAGUCUUAUCCUUCUUGAUUUACUCUCUCCAAAGAAUUCCCGUAUCCUCAGGCCUCAAAAUUUCUUAGACUUUUUCUUCUCUUGGAGAUCAGCUAUCUUGUGAUCUUCUGAAACGUGAACUGGUCUCUUUUUGCUUGGACGGUCGUCCGAUGUCUCAUCGUCUGAGAACCCGAUCAAAUCCUCCUCCAUGGGAUGAUGGCCUAAAUCCACUUCCUUUGGACGGUCGACCGACAUCUCGUCCUCCGAGAAAUCGAUCAAAUCCUCCUCUAUGGGCCUACGAGCUAACUCCACCUCCUUUGGGUGGGCGGCCAACUUCUUCGUAUUCUCGUUCUUCAGUGGCUCGACCAACGACUUCGUCUUGUUCUCUUUCUUUGGAGGAACAACCGGCUCCUUGUCCUCCGGAUUAUCGGUUAGAAUGCCUUCCAUUAAACGAUCAGUGGACUCCUUCUCUGGCGAAGUAUCGGCCGUGACCUCGUCCUGUUUCUGUGCAAGGUCAUCUCUCUGCGAGGCGUGUUCCUGAUCCCCUUCCUAGGAGGCGUCCAUGGCAUCUUGUUGCUGAUUUACCGCAUUCAUCUCCUCUGUCAAAAGUCGAAUCGCAUUCUCCGCAGCUUUGGUCAUAGCCUCAACCUUGUUGAGAGAACCUUCGACUUCUCCUACCAACCGCUCUCCAAUUGUGACUCCACAACUCCAUCGAGGCUCGGGUUCUUCGAUCAGGGUUGUAGUGUAUUUCAUCUUUUGUCUAUCAGCGAACUUAGGAAGUUCCUCUUUGGGAUGCUGAACGUGUAUGUCCUCCUUGAUAACAAAUUCCAGAUAGUCCAUCACCUGAAAUGUUUCAAGAACACGCGUGCAUUCUUCGAUAGAUCCCGAGUCGACCCAGACGGCACCGAGAAGAGCUUCAAACAUAUCCGAAUAAAACUUUUGGGGGUGAAGGCGUGCGAGGAGCGCCCAGGGGUAGUGACCAUCACCCCACAAAGCUAUGACAAGCUCCCGUCGCAUGGACUCGAAUUUCUCCUCGGUUUCUAACAUGACAUUGGCCAUUUCGGAAGAGUUAAACCUCAUGAACUUCCAAAGUGGAAGUGCAGUAGUUUUGGUUACAAGCUCACCAUCGGACCUAACUUCCAAGUCUUUUCGUUGGAUAGAGUUGACUAGAUUCACAAGUGAAAGGAACUCCCCAUUCACAAUGGCCGUUUUGAUCAUAUGAAGGCGACCAGUAGGAAUUGGCGGAUAGUGCUG